GUCAUAAAGAAGAAACAUAAAUUGUUUAACCGGUUCGUUUACUAAAAAUGUUCAACAUAACUGUAAAGGCAAAUACGAAGCGCUUAGGAAGCGCGGCAACGUCAUUCUCUUUAGUAAUGCUUAUAGCUAUAAGAAUUUUGAACAUAAUAUUAUUCUGUUAGGUACUUUUAGGUUAGGUUUAAGAGGUUGGAAUACUUUGAGAUAUUCAUUUUAAUUUCAGUAUUUUUUUUAUUCGUGAUAUGCCGUAAAUCGUGCAAUAAUUAUAUGAUCAAGUCUUAAUUAAUAGAUACAAUAAAAAUAUCCCUCCUAGGAAAAAAGUGUUAUAUGUGGUGCUCUUUAGUAUAUCGGCUUACAUUUUACACGAAACUUAUGUUUCUAUUGUUCAGUGUAAUCAAGUGUUGAUAACAAAGUAACGAGUAUCAAUUCAGUCACAAUUUCACUGUAAACGAAGGCGGUUUUGUUGUUUAUAAUAUAUUUUAUUUUCAUUUAAAAUGAGCGAAGGUAAAGAUAAUUUAGUUCCAGUAAUAAAAGUGCCAACAGAUGAAAGAAAGCUAAAUUUAAGUAAGCAUUUUUAUAAUGAAUUUGGUUGUCAACCUGAAUUUAUCGUCAGAGUUCCAGGACGAGUUAAUUUAAUUGGUGAACAUAUUGAUUACUGCGGCUAUCCGGUGCUGCCGAUGGCAUUGGAACAAGAUAUUCUUCUGGCUGGCAGUUUAAUUAAGGAGCAUAAACUUUUGAUGCGUAAUACUAAUUCAAAAUAUGAAAAUUUCGAGACGGAAUUAAAAUCGUUUAAUGAAAUCGUCAUAACACCGGAUGCUAACGGCAAACCGUAUUGGUAUAAUUACAUGCUUUGUGGUAUCAAGGGGGCCUUAGAACAUUUAAAUAAUGAAGUAUUGUAUGGCUUAAAUAUGUACGUAGACGGUAACAUUCCUCCCGCGUCAGGAUUAUCGAGUUCCUCGGCUUUAGUCAGCGCAGCAUGUCUUGCGUUCCUUUACGCCCAGAAGGCGGUUUUAAAUAAAAUUGACAUAGCUGGUUUGUGCGCACGAUGCGAAAGAUAUAUAGGAACCCAAGGCGGUGGAAUGGAUCAAGCAAUAGCUUUCCUUGCAGAAAAAUAUUGUGCCCAAUAUAUUACAUGGAAUCCAACGAAGGCGACAAAAGUUGUUCUACCGGAAGAAGCCUCGUUUGUUGUGGCUCAUAGUUUAGCUGAGGUCAACAAAGCUGCUACCAACGAUUACAAUAGACGAGUAGCGGAAUGCAGGCUCGCUGCAAAGCUUUUAUCUUUGUCCAUACAAACAAUGAGUCACACCGUCAUCACUUUGGGACAAGUACAAAAACUACUAAAUAAAUCAUUAGAAGAAAUGAUUGCCCUUGUUAAAGAAACACUGCCUAAAGAUAUUUACACAAAAGAAGAAAUUUGUGCUAUAUUAAAUGUCAGCACAGAUGAACUAGAUAAUUUUUAUUUAACACCAAAUACAAAGCAAUUAUCGGAAUUUAAGCUCAAGCAGAGAGCUCUUCACGUUUAUGAAGAAGCAAGGAGAGUAGAAGAUUUUAAAAAAAUAUGUGAAAAGACAAACAAAUGUCUGAACGGAACAAAUGGGACAAGUUCAGUUAAGGAAGACAUCAAUACAUUGGAAAGCUUAGGGAAGCUCAUGUCAGAAAGUCACGAAAGCUUAAAAAACCUUUACGAAUGUUCCCAUGAGAAUUUAGAUCGUCUGGUAGACAUUUCAUUUCAGAUGAAUGUCCAUGCGAGACUUACCGGAGCAGGCUGGGGUGGAUGUAUAGUAGCUUUGUGUCCCAGAGAAAAAGUUAAGGAAUAUAUUGAAACUUUGGAAGACGAAUUUUACAUAAAACAUUGCAAUAUUGAUAAAAGCAAAGCCAAUUCUUAUGUUUUUGCAACAUCUCCAAAUUUUGGUGCUGUUAUUUAUAUUACAAAUUAACAAAAUAUAUUAUUUUUAUUAUAAAAGUAUAAGGCAUAGAAUCCAUUAAUAUUAAUGAGGUUAUUUUUAUCAGUGCCACAACAAAACUUGUCUCUAUAUUUUAUUACCAUAGCAGAAUUCUGUGAAGAUAAAUAUUGAAUAGAUAUAAGUCAUGAGAAUAUGAUUUCUUUAGUCAUUACUUUUAUUAUGUUAAUGCUUUAUUUUAUUAAGUGUAUAAAUAAUUUACAAUGUAUUUAUUAUUGUUUUAAAGUUACUAUAUUUAUUUAUUAGUAGCUUAGCAUUUAAUGAGUUCUUAAUUAUCAUAACUUAUAUAAAAUUAUGUCUUA